CACCUCCUGCUCUCUGAACACCGUUUUAUCUUACCUCCUUUUAUUGGACAGCAAAUUAGCACACGGCAGCUUUCUGCACUUUAAGGCUCUUAAAAGGAGGCAUGAUCUAUGGAGACGGGAUCUGUCAGGCUUUCUGCAGGAGGGAUGACACUGAGUAGCAGUCCUGAUGAUUGAAGGGAGUCGGUAAAUUCACCGUGGAGCUCCUCCCACCGACAGCAGAGCACCGCUGGAGGCCAGCUGUAUCUUGGAGGGACGUUCCUGCUCAGGUCUUGCGUGUCUCUUUCUUCUCUCUCUGGUCGGGGGCAGCUCUACAUCAGGGGUCAUGAGGUGACGAAAGGAAGGAGGAAGUUCCGUUAAAACUGCUGAGAAGUUUCAGUCAGGAAAUAUGAAGCAGAUGGUUGAAGAAUGUGUGUCUUCACAUCUCCAGGAUGCAGCAGAAAUGAAGCUGAACGUUUGCUGCUACGUGUGUUGCUUCCUAACACGUGCUUCUGGGUCUCAAAUUUGAGGAACUUUCGUUUUAAAGGUGCAACAGCUGUGGUGAUGAAGGUUCUAGUACCGUCUGUGAACUCAGACAAAGAGCCCCCCACAAUGGCGCUGCCCCCAUCCCACCCCUCGCGGCUGAAGUACGUAUCCCUGGGGGUCCUGGUGCUACAGACCACAACAUUGGUGCUCACCAUGCGUUACUCCCGUACGCUGAAGGAGGAAGGUCCGCGCUACCUGGCCUCCUCUGCUGUGGUGUCGGCUGAGAUGCUGAAAAUCUUGACCUGCUUCCUGCUCGUCUUCGUGGAAAACAAUUACAGUUUGCGGGCCAUGAAUCUGCUGCUGAAGGAGGAGAUUGUGAACAAGCCUGUGGAGACCAUGAAGCUGGCCGUGCCUGCAGGGAUCUACACGCUGCAGAACAAUCUGCUCUAUGUUGCCCUGUCCAACCUGGAUGCAGCCACCUAUCAGUGGCCCAGCGAGUCAGCGGGGGAGCAGAAGGUGCUGACUGCAGGCUCCCAGAUGGUGGGAGUGAUGGCCGUGCUAAUGGCCUGCGUGUCCAGUGGUUUUGCCGGAGUUUACUUUGAGAAGAUCCUAAAGGAGACCAAGCAGAGUGUCUGGGUCCGAAACAUCCAGCUGGGUUUGUUCAGCUUUGUGCUUGGCUUUUUGGGGAUGAUGGUGUAUGACGGCCGCAGCGUGAGACAGUCUGGGAUGUUCCAGGGCUACAGCGCCAUCACCUGCACAGUGGUUGUCCUGCAGGCUGUGGGCGGGCUGGUCAUCGCCGUGGUGAUUAAAUACGCAGACAACAUCCUGAAAGGAUUUGCCACCUCAGCAUCCAUCAUGGUGUCCACCCUCAUCUCCUAUUUCCUCCUGAACGACUUCAAGCCUACAGGGGUGUUUUUCAUGGGAGCGGUGCUGGUGAUGGCCGCCACAUUUCUCUACAGCUACGAGGGUAAACCUGCCAGCAGCACCAUCAAGGUGUAGCCAGAGACCUGAUGGAUGGGAUGGCAGACAAGCCAACAGCCACACGCUGCCCCCUACCUCCUGCCUGGAUGGACCGUGGACUGUAACCACAGCCAGGAGCCCAGGACUGAAUGCAGGAGAGGAAGCAAAAGCAACUGGUUACACUGGAAUCUGUUUGGAGAGGGUAGAGCGUUGGUCAUUCAAAGA